GAAGGAGCUGUGCAGACGUUAUUCCACCAGGAGAGGGCGCUCAGGAGCACAGACGUUAUUCCACCAGGAGAGGAGCACAGACGUUAUUCCACCAGGAGAGGGCGCUCAGGAGCACAGACGUUAUUCCACCAGGAGAGGAGCACAGACGUUAUUCCACCAGGAGAGGGCGCUCAGGAGCACAGACAUUAUUCCACCAGGAGAGGGCGCUCAGGAGCACAAACGUUAUUCCACCAGAAGAGGAGCACAGACGUUAUUCCACCAGGAGAGGGCGCUCAGGAGCACAGACGUUAUUCCACCAGGAGAGGAGCACAGACGUUAUUCCACCAGGAGAGGGCGCUCAGGAGCACAGACGUUAUUCCACCAGGAGAGGAGCACAGACGUUAUUCCACCAGGAGAGGGCGCUCAGGAGCACAGACAUUAUUCCACCAGGAGAGGGCGCUCAGGAGCACAAACGUUAUUCCACCAGAAGAGGAGCACAGACGUUAUUCCACCAGGAGAGGGCGCUCAGGAGCACAGACGUUAUUCCACCAGGAGAGGAGCACAGACGUUAUUCCACCAGGAGAGGGCGCUCAGGAGCACAGACGUUAUUCCACCAGGAGAGGAGCACAGACGUUAUUCCACCAGGAGAGGGCGCUCAGGAGCACAGACGUUAUUCCACCAGGAGAGGGCGCUCAGGAGCACAGACAUUAUUCCACCAGGAGAGGGCGCUCAGGAGCACAGACGUUAUUCCACCAGGAGAGGGCACUCAGGAGCACCAGCACCAUGAGUCAGGGCCACGCCUGCAUCUUCCUCAAAGGAGCCAAAAACACUGAACGCAAGCUAGCUGAUGAUGAAAUAGAAGAGCUACGUGAGGCAUUUGAGGAGUUCGAUAAGGACCGGGAUGGACUCAUCAGCUGUAAGGACCUGGGGAACCUCAUGAGGACCAUGGGCUAUAUGCCCACAGAGAUGGAACUCAUAGAACUCGGCCAGAACAUCAACAUGAACCUUGGGGGAAGUGUGGACUUUGAGGACUUUGUGGAGUUGAUGGCCCCCAAACUGCUGGCUGAGACAGCGGGAAUGAUCGGCCUCAAGGAGCUUAAGGACGCCUUCAGAGAGUUUGACAUAGAUGGGGACGGCUCCAUCACCACAGAGGAACUCCGUCACGCCAUGAUGAAGCUGCUCGGGGAGACGACGAGUGCACGCGAGAUCGAAAACGUCAUCCGGGAGGCCGACAACAACGGGGACGGAACUGUCGACUUUGAGGAGUUUGUCAAGAUGAUGAUGUCUAAAUGAGGACUGAAAACAGAACAUCCAUGCACACACACACAAUGAGGUCUAAAUGAGGACUGAAAAGAGAAGACACACACACACACGCACACAUACACAAGCGCACACAUACAAAUAAGCGCACACACACACACACUGUUGUCGGAGGGUGAAUAUCCACCCUGGCCAGAGAGAAGCAACACGCAUGGACACACUGUUGUGUGUCCACCCUGACCAGAGAGACCAACAUGACUGGGACAUGACCACCCUGACCAGAGACCAGUGUGACUGGGACAUGACCACCUUGGAGACCAACAUGACUGGGACAUGACCACCCUGACCAGAGAGACCAACAUGACUGGGACAUGACCACCCUGAUCAGAGAGACCAACAUGACUGGGACAUGACCACCCAGAUCAGAGAGACCAACAUGACUGGGACAUGACCACCCUGGAGACCAACAUGACUGGGACAUGACCACCCUGACCAGAGAGACCAACAUGACUGGGACAUGACCACCCUGAUCAGAGAGACCAACAUGACUGGGACAUGACCACCCUGACCAGAGAGACCAACAUGACUGACUGGGACAUGACUAAAUACUUUGCUUUUGAUCUAUUUAUGGAAGACUUGUACUCCAAAAUACCAUCCUGUGAUCUCUGCCAUUGAGAGCUACAGUAGCAUACAAAUGGCAUCUCAUUGAGAGCUACAGUUACAAAUGGCAUCUCAUUGUGUUAGUGUUUGGUAGCCCAGCUCACUAUGCUAGUGUGCUGGCUUCAUAAAACAAACAUUUGGCCCUGUUCCAUAUCAGCAGCUAUAGGAAGCAAGUUUGUAUUAGGGACAGAUGAGUAUUCAGCCAAUUUUAUUUCAAAUGAAACUUCACUUGUA